AUGAGCGACCGAUAUCAUUCAGGCAGUGGGGAAGACCACAGGAGAACAUCCUCACAAGCAGGAUUCAGGGAUCGGAAAUAUAAAUCGCAAAGAUCAGCAUACUUAAGGCAGAACUUCAAUCCUGGAUGGAAAGCAAGUAAGAGGAGAAGUCAUCAGCCAGGUUCAGAGCAUAGCAAACUGUUUGAAUUGAGAAAGCACUACGAAUUCGACAGUGUUUCGGACGAUAUUCCGCCGCUUGAAGACCUUAGGCCGUCGGAAACCAAAUGGGAUGUAAAAGCAGCCGGAUUUGAGCAAUAUCGGGCAUGUGAGAUCAAGGAUUCCGGAAUUUUUCGGGGGGCAGGUGUUGGUGCAGCCGAGCUGCAAGACAGGAAGCAGAUCAAGAAGACAAUUAGCGAGAAUUCGAGGCAAUUCAGCAGGGUUGAUGCCAGCAAGUCGAUUCUGCUACCAAACAACUCUAGAAAGGCACGAAUCGUGAUAUUGAAGGGAAUAGACCUUGUAGAGCAUCCUCUGCGACAAGUUAAAGAGGUUCUUGAGGAAUAUUUGAAGUCUAGCGUGAUUCCAGGUGUUCAACCGCAGGAUUGUGCGUUAAAAAUCAGAUCUUUACCUGAGCGGUCUGAACUAGUCAUUCUCAGCAGUACUACCACUGUUUCUACUGUAUUAGCAGGCUUAACUGAUACAGAAGUUCCUGGAUUAGGAGCCUGUGUUCAGUUUCAGCGGCCUAACGAGUAUAUUUCGUCGGAUAUAGGCCAAUUUGGAGUUGAAGAUGGUAAGAAAGAUGAGAUGAAAGGAAGUACUGACAGCAAAGCAGAUAGUGAGAUACAGGAUGAGAUCCUUCAGUGUCGACAACUUAUGUGCAUACAGGGAGUACCAUACGGUAUGGAUAAAGACAAAAUUGUGCAGCAGUUGCAGAAAUUUGGUCGGUUGCGCAGCUUUUCGACCGUUUUAGAUAGAAUCACUCUCGAUACCAAAGGAAUCGCUUUUUUCACAUACUGGAGUCCGCAGCCGGAAGACUCGCAACUUGAAAACAAGCUAAGGGAAGCAUUUAUUGCCCAAGGUGAGGCAGAAAAGGAGAUUGCCAAGCUCAGGUGUGUGCAUCCAUGCAUCAGCAGCAAAAACAAGUAUAUGCAGACUGUUACAUUGGAUGCCGAUACAAUGACAAAUGUGUCGAAUUAUCCAUCGAGCGAAGUUACAAACCAUGGCGAAUCGAAGGUGAUACGUUUUGCGAACUGCAUUUCGUUUGAAGAUUUGUUGAAACCAGAAAAAUGCUCACUUGCCGAGAGAUCAUUCAAGCAGGAGUGCUCAAAGUUUGGAAAAGUGGACAGAGUAGUGAUAUCGAGGCCCGGAAAAGAGUUUAAGAAUGGUCUAGGUGAGAUAGAUCCUUCGUUUGGGUUUAUAUUUGUUCAGUUUGCCGAAUUGACGUUCUCUACGCAGUGUCUAUAUUCAUUGGCUGGGCGGUUAUUUGAUGGACGGUUAGUUAUCGGUGGAUAUUAUGAUGAGGACGACUUUGAGAGGGGUAUAUAUUAG